GGUCAAUUAAUACAUUGUGUCUUUGGCCAAUCGCUGCCGUCUGUAUUUCGCACUCGGGGACUUUUUGUUUCGCCAUUAGGAAAGUGUCAUAAGGUUCACUUUCAAUUUAGGAGAACUAUACAGAUCUGUGUGAUAAGCUGACCAACGUUACAGGUGGAUUUAAAGGACAGGAAAGAACUUAAGGAGUUUGCAUUUAAACUGUGACUGAUUGGCCACCAUGUGGCAGAGCAUCCUUGAAGCACUGUCUCAAGUGACCCUGUCAAGGGGAGCACGUGAUGAUGAUGUUGUGGACCAACUGCAUCAUUUUGUGACCGUCGCUCUUUUAGGUGCCUUUGCAGCUCUUGUCGGCAUGAAGCAGUAUGUUGGUGAUCCCAUUCAUUGCUGGGUGCCAGCCCAGUUUACAGAUUCUCACAAAGCAUAUACUGAGAACUUAUGCUGGAUAUCUCAUAUGUACUAUGUACCUAUGGAUGAAACCAUUCCCUUCAGUAAAAAGGAGCGUAUGGAGCGAGACAUUAGCUUUUACCGCUGGGUAGUGGUUGUUCUCUUGUUGCAGUGCUUGUUAUUCCGAUUUCCCAACAUGCUCUGGAAGGAGCUCAGAGGGUACUCAGGCAUCAAUGUUCAGAAAAUUGUAAACAUGGCAGAUGAUGCUACAAUGAUGCCACCAAAUAAACGAGACAGGAAAAUUCAGGAAAUUGCACAUUUUGUCAAUCGAUGGUUGGACACAUACCGAGUGUAUAAGUAUAAUAUUUUUAUCCGUGUGCAAGAGAAAGUUUCAGGAGUCAUUUGCUUUGUGUUUGGGAAGCGACAUGGCACAUACCUGACUGGAUUGUACUUUUUUAUUAAAAUUUUAUACCUGGUCAAUGUUAUUUGCCAAUUUGUUUUACUGACUGUCUUCUUAAACUUCAGUUACUACACAUAUGGCUUUGAAAUUCUGGCCCACCUAAAUGACCAUGGUGAUUUCAUGGAUUAUGAUCACUUUCCAAGGGUUGUCAUGUGUGACAUCGAGAUACGGCAAAUGCAGAAUAUCCAGACCUUUUCUACCCAGUGUGUGCUUUCUGUUAAUUUGUUUGUGGAGAAGAUCUUUUCCAUUAUCUGGUUUUGGUUUUUUCUGCUAACUGUUGCUUCAGUCAUAAAUGUAGGCCAAUGGUUUACUGAUAUUUUUUUGAACCACAGAAGAGAGCGGUUUAUCCAGAAAUACCUUCUCAUGCUAGGCCUGGUUGACCAGUCAAAGGACAGCAAGCUUUUUAAGAAAUUUGUAGCUAUGUAUCUGCGAGAUGAUGGUGUUUUUGUUCUUCGCUCCAUUGGAAACAACUCGAGUGACAUUGUUCUCUUAGAUCUUGUGCAAGCUCUAUGGGAAAUUUUCAAAAAGAGGCAAAUUCAACAUGCUGAGGCUAAGUCAUCUAUGGUAGAGGGAAGAAAUAUGGUGAAAUGAUGAAAUAAAAUAUUUAAUAACCUUAUGGAUGUCUGUCUUGCUUAAUGUUGUCACCAGUGUAAUGUAAAACAUGUUGCAGCUUAAUCUGGUAAGAAAAACAUGAUUCAGAAUAGACAUCUAUUACUUAAUGCUAAAUGAAAGUAUUUUGAUUUUUGUGGAUGUUUGAUGCAUAACUAUUUUGCACUUUGAUUUAAACCUUUUUUGUUUACAUUUACUAUUAUUCUCCUAUCAAAAAAACAGUAAUCAGUGACUAGAUUUUGCAGUGAGUGAUCGACCAAAUCAGUUAUAGAAAUCAGAAAUACAUUUAACAUUAUUUUUGUGGCUUUCAAAAUAAGCUUGCAUUAACUGUAUUGUGCCAAAGGGACAUUCAGAGGAACCUUGUCUAGACAUUUGCUAGUACAAUUUAUUCUGUAAAUGCAUGUAUAUAGGGCUAAUUUUAUAUAAAUUUUAACCCAUUUUGGUGAUGUGAGUCUAACUUUUUUAUUAUGUAUUGCAUGCCAUAAUGUAUGUAUUUGUAAAUUUGAUUGUUUCUUUGUUGAUCAAGUCGAAAUCAAUUUAGCAUGUUAACUUUCAUGUUUUUUUUUUUUUUAUCAUGAAUGAUUUGCUUUUUUCUGUUAGCUGUUAACCACUCUAAGCAGACAAUUUAACAAUGAAUCAUUUUUCUAGGAUAUAUGGCUUAUAUGCUGCUCUAGACAGGUGUUUGUGACAAGCUUGCAAGUAUAAUCCCAAACAGUUUUGGCAUAGGUUAUUCCCACUGGCAGUUCCUGGCCUUUAUUGAUUUUAUUUAUUGGUCAUAUAUCUAGGGCUGAAGGGAUUGAGAUAAAAGAAGAAAUGUGUUUGUCUGAUGAUGUUUUGACCUUGUUAAAUAGAAUAUAUUGGUUCAUUAGUAGUGCGCUUUUUCAGUCUAGGUUAAACUUUUCUAGAUGACCUGCUGCUCAUGUAGUGCUGUUUAGUAUUGCUGAGUUUUGACAGAAUGAAACCCUAGUGUCAUGCUUAUGAUGCCAAUCAUUAGUAGCAUGUGUAGGCCAGAGAGUACCAGAUGGUAUGUGAGUUUACAUUUUACAGGAAGAGUGUAAUAUUUUAAGCAGAUUCUAUGAUGGCUUAAGUUUAUGGAGUUAUUAUUGUCCAAAUGCAGUCCAGUUCAUAUUCUGAAAUGUUAAGAUACUCAUUUCUGCAUGAUAUUGCUGAGUUUGGAAAAAAUGUCAAAUUGUAUGUGAAUUAAGAUUUUAUCUGAAGAGUAUGGUAUAUUAAGCUGAUUGAAUACUGCUUAAUUUUAUAGACUUAUUUUUGUUAACAUUCUUCAGCCUUGAUCCUUGAGAUACUCAUUUCAGCAUUGAUGCAAAGUAUUCUAGUAUAACUGGUUUUAAUCCUUGUUGAGUCCAAUUUAUUUAUGCAACUUUGAUUUCCACAUUUUGACAGUUUAUCUUUCCUGUUAAGUGUUGAAGUAUUAUAAGUUUACCAUUUGGUUGUAGUUGACAUGUUCCCAGUAUAUAUGGGUAAAGUUUAUCUAACCACCUUGACCAUUCAUGUUUUCCCCCUGCUUAAGUUAUGCAAGUGACAGGUCAACAGACAGUUAAAUGAUGUGGGAUGUGCAUAUAUGUGUAUGCAUGCACAUUAAAAUUUUAGAAAAAUCUUCUGGUCAGCUUUUACAAAUUGUAAUCUGCAGGUGAUUUUGCACCUUUGUUGCUAGCACAAUCAUGUAAAAUGCUUUUUUUCAUUUCUUACAACUACAGAUUUCAUUUACAAUGUUAUAAUUUUGUUUUUUUUAAAAGAAAAUCUGUCACAUAUUUUUCUUGCUGCCAUUCCUAGUCAUGCUAAAAGUAGGAUGAGCAUAUUUUUUUUUAUAUAAUUUUAAUUGCUGUCAAGCAAGCAAAAACUAUGGGAAGAGAUGCUCUUAUGGCCAUUCAUUUUAGCUGACAUGGUACAGUAUAUGCUGAUCUCUUAAUGGACAUUUAGGGAUUAAAUUACUGAAUGCACCUUUGUUUCUGAAUGAAACAGUAUUUGAUUGUUGUGGAUCUUUUUAUCAUGGAGGUAUGUGUUUUUUAAUUUGUAUUUUUUGGUAACUUUUAGUAAGUCUUUUAUAACAAUAAUGUGUAAAUUUUUUAAAGAAAGAUUUCACAAAUGCAAAACAAAGAUUACUGUGAACUAUAGAGAAUACCUGUUCUCACCAAGAAUAACAUUAUUUUUUUUUUUUAUAUUAAGGCUAAAAGAUAGCCUCUUAUUGUGUAAGCUUAUGUACAGGGCUCUGCUUUCUUAAGUCUCCUUGAUCAUUAGUGCAUGCAGCAUGAACAAGGUGGAUAUUGAAGCAGUUUGAAAGCUGAGAAAAUAUGCUAUAGUAGUGGAAAACCAAAAGGUGUUCUUUCUGAAAUACUCUUACUUUUGUAAAUACAGGCAUUAAGCAGACUCAUUUGUAUACAGAUAAUAUAUGUACAUAUUAUGUAUUUAAAGUUUUCCUUUUGGAGCAUUUUAAAAAUAUUUUGUGUAUUGCUAUGGAGGGCAUACUUGAAAUUUGAUUCUUCAUAUGCAGCUGAUAUAUUGUAUGCCAAAAUUUUAUCACUUUUGCAGCUACUCUUUUGAAACAAUAUUUUUUUCAGACCUGCAAUUUCUUUGUGCACAACAAUUUUCAUGACUGCUUUUUUUAAAAUGAGAAUGACAGUAUUAUUUAGCCUCGUCUUUCAUAGCAUCACAUCACCCUCAUUUUGCAUGCAAGUUUUUGAAUAUGUAUGAGGCAAUUGUUAUUUCCUGUCUGAAGAAAAUUUUGAAUACUUUGUGUGACAGAAAAGUACCUUUUUGUUGAAAGGGAUGUGCAAAAAAAAAAACAACUAUGGAUUUAAAUGUUUGUUGCAUCGCUUUAUAGAAAUACAAGCUAUGGACUUGCUUAACAGCCAUCAGCAGUUUUAUUUUAGCAACGAUUAAUUAGAUUAUUUGAAUAUAUAGUGUAUACUGCAUGUGAACAUUUUCUACCUGAAAAAUGGCAUACUUUGUUUGAAACAAGAUACCACUCAAGUAAAUGAAGUCAUAAAAUCUGUCA